GCAGUUAAGGUAAUUUGCGCGCAAAAACAGGGUCAAAUGGGUCAAUAAAUAAAAAACCCUAGUCCUCCGUAACUUCUAGAAACUCUUAACUUUUCUUUGAAAAAUAUUACUACUAUACUUUCUUCACUCCUCGGAGGUGGGAAACCAAACCUCUCAGGUCACCGUGUUGAUUUAAAAACAUGGGGGACAAGUCAGCGCCUCCAUCUGCAUUCCAGAAAAUACAUCGGCAUUCACACCUCUUCUCUCUAAUAUCUCCCCACAUGCAUUCUAUGUAUGCUGGUUCAUACAACACGACUGGUGGAUAUGUAAAUGAAGUUCUACGGGGUGCUAUCAUGACAAAUUGUCAAGCCACUAACCUGGAAGUCCGGCCAUUGGGCAAUCCUAUUCUCAUACAGGCCCCAUCUGAAGAGAAGAAAGGUAAUAGUUUUGUCGUGGAUUUUCUCAUGGGAGGGGUUUCUGCUGCAGUGUCUAAGACAGCUGCAGCUCCAAUUGAGAGAGUCAAGCUUUUGAUUCAGAAUCAAGAUGAGAUGAUAAAAGCUGGUAGACUUUCUGAACCUUAUAAAGGGAUUAGCGAUUGCUUUGGUAGAACUAUCAAGGAUGAAGGCAUGCUUGCUCUUUGGAGAGGCAAUACUGCAAAUGUCAUCAGAUACUUCCCCACUCAGGCUUUGAAUUUUGCUUUUAAAGAUUACUUUAAGAGACUGUUUAAUUUCAAGAAAGAUAGGGAUGGCUACUGGAAGUGGUUUGCAGGAAACCUGGCAUCUGGUGGUGCUGCUGGUGCCUCAUCUCUUUUGUUUGUGUAUUCCUUGGAUUAUGCGAGAACACGUCUUGCUAAUGAUAAUAAGGCUGCAAAAAAAGGUGGUGAGAGGCAGUUUAAUGGUUUGGUUGAUGUUUACAGGAAAACUCUCAAAUCAGAUGGUAUCGGUGGGCUUUAUCGUGGAUUCACCAUCUCAUGUGUGGGAAUCAUUGUUUACCGUGGUCUGUACUUUGGAAUGUACGAUUCACUUAAACCAGUAGUUCUAAUUGGCGACAUGCAGGAUAGUUUUUUUGCGAGUUUCUUGCUGGGAUGGGGUAUCACUAUUGGUGCUGGUUUGGCUUCUUACCCAAUUGAUACAGUGCGUAGAAGAAUGAUGAUGACUUCUGGAGAGGCAGUCAAGUACAAGGGUUCAAUGGAUGCAUUUGCUCAGAUUGUGAAGAAUGAAGGCACUAAAUCACUUUUCAAGGGUGCUGGAGCAAAUAUACUACGUGCUGUUGCUGGUGCAGGUGUUCUAGCUGGGUACGAUAAGCUGCAGCUCAUUAUGUUUGGAAAGAAAUAUGGAUCUGGUGGUGGUUGAUUUAAUGUGGUGAUGAAUGAUGAUGACGAAAAGACGUUCUUUGGAUGUGUAGAUUUCCAUGGUUGUCUCGUUCUUUUGAAUAAUUUUCCAAAACUUGUCUCAUUUGUUUUGAUUUGCUUGCAAGUUUAUUCAGGAACAGUGUCGUUCUUGAAGUUUCACUCGUUGCUAUGUAGCUCUGAAACGGUUAUAGUUGUCUUUUAUGCAAAAAUUAUUAAUACAGUGUUGCUUUCUGCUA